AGUCAGGAACGUAGGAAACUAACCGUAUACAAACCGCACCACAAAGCCUUACGCGUGGAUGAAUGCUCAAAUGUCUCUUACUCUCUCAUGAAUUUCUAACUGCCUCUCGUUCCCAAGUUUUCUAGGGUUCUACUCCUGUUUCUAAUUAUCUCAUAUCAUUCUCAAAUCUCUUCCCCAGACCCUAAUCUAGUUGUCUCCCUCUUUCUUUCUUCACCGAAUCCUAAUCUUGUUUCGAGGAUUUUCGGUCGCAAUGCCGCCUCCGAUCAAAUCUGGCAGGCCGGUAAGGAACGCCGACUCCGACGAGUCGGAGACGCCGUCCAACAAUUUAUGGGUGGGUAACCUGGCGAGCGACGUCACCGACUCGGAUCUCAUGAACCUGUUCGCCAGGUACGGUGCGCUCGACAGCGUCACCACCUACUCGUUGCGGAGCUACGCCUUCGUCUUCUUCAAGCAUAUCGAGGACGCCAAGGCUGCCAAGGAAGCUUUACAAGGGGUCGAGCUGCGCGGUAACCCGGUUAAGAUCGAGUUUGCUCGUCCGGCAAAACCUUGUAAGAGUCUAUGGGUCGGUGGAAUUAGCCCAACGGUUUCAAAGGAAGAUUUGGAAGAAGAAUUUCAUAAUUUUGGUAAAAUUGAGGAUUUUAAGUUCCUUAGAGACCGCAAUACUGCAUUUGUUGAAUACCUUAGAUUGGAAGAUGCUUCCCAAGCCAUGAGAAAUAUGAAUGGGAAGCGUUUAGGUGGUGACCAGAUACGUGUGGAUUUCCUUCGGUCACAGCCCUCAAGAAGAGAACAGUGGCUUGACUCCAGAGAUGGGCAGUUUCUGGGCAGAAGCAUGGUACCUGCUGAUUCCCAUUUAGGUCCUAAAAGGCAACUGCAUCCUCAAUCUUCUGGGGGGCGAAAAGGAGAUGGACAGCCCAGUAAUGUUUUGUGGAUAGGUUACCCUCCUUCUGUUCAGAUUGAUGAACAAAUGCUCCAUAAUGCCAUGAUUUUAUUUGGUGAAAUUGAAAGAAUUAAGAGUUUUCCUUCAAGACACUAUUCCUUUGUGGAAUUUAGGAGUGUGGAUGAAGCCCGGCGUGCAAAGGAGGGGUUGCAAGGCCGGCUUUUUAACGAUCCUCGAAUAACCAUUAUGUUUUCGAGCAGUGACCUGGCACCUGGCAAAGAUUACCCUGGUUUGUAUCCUGCCACUAAAGGGCCAAGGCCAGAGAUAUUUCUUAAUGAACCUCCAUUUCGACCUGCACAGGUGGAUAUGUUUGGUCAUAAUCGUCCUGUGGCAUCAAAUAAUUUUCCUGGACCAUUACAAACUUUGCCAGUGAGGCCAUUUGAUCGUCAAGGUAGUCUUGAACCUCCAUUUUCAGGCCCAGAAUUUGAUGAUUUGGCCUCUCAUCCUAAUUUUCAGGAUGCUAAUCCGAAAAAUGUGAUGGGUUCAAACUGGAAAAGGCCAUCUCCUGCACCUGGGAUGCUCCCUUCUCCUGCACCAGGUAUUAGACCGUCCACAAGAUCUGCAUCUGGUGCUUGGGAUGUAUUUGACAUAAAUCAGUUUCAGACAGAUUCUAAGAGGUCAAGGAUAGAUGAAGCUUUGCCCAUUGAUGAUGUUUCUUUUCCUUUGAGAAGGAUUGAUGACCGUGGGCUUGCGAUGGAUCAAUCAUAUGGGCUUGGUCCAGUAACUGAUGGAGGUGCCUCUAAUAAUUUUGCAAAUGUUCAAGGGAAGAGCAGCCUUAGUCCUGUUGGUGCCAGGCUCAUGGCUGGGGGACCUGGUCGGGGUCAUGUUGAGAAUGAUUACAUAUGGCGUGGUAUUAUUGCUAAGGGGGGAACACCUGUUUGUCAAGCCCGUUGUGUGCCUAUAGGAAAAGGAAUAGAGACUGGGAUUCCUGAGGCAGUUAAUUGCUCAGCCAGAACGGGAUUGGAUAUGCUCACAAAACACUAUGCUGAUGCCAUUGGGUUUGAUAUUGUUUUCUUCUUGCCAGACAGUGAAGAUGAUUUUGCUUCGUACACUGAAUUCCUUCGCUACCUGGGUGCCAAAAACCGUGCAGGUGUUGCCAAGUUUGAUGAUGGGACCACCUUAUUUUUGGUACCUCCAUCAGACUUCUUAACUAAUGUUUUGAAAGUCGCAGGACCUGAACGUCUAUAUGGUGUGGUUCUCAAGUUUCCGCAACAAGUUCCUACUGGAACAUCUACACCGCAACAAUCAUAUCAUCCCGUCCCCUCAUCUCAUUACAUAGACAGACAGCAGAUUCCUUCUCGUGCAGAGUAUGGUGUAACCUCUUCAAAGGAGGAACAAGUUUUGCCAAUGGAUUAUAACAGGGUUUUGCAUGAGGAAUCGAGUCUUCCUCCUAAAUCAGUUUUCCCAGUUACAAAUGAGUCCCCUGCAAUGCUGUCAGUACCCCAAGAAUACACUUCUAAUAAUGCAACUGCAGUGGCCCAACCUGGAGUAACAUUAAGCCCCGAGCUUAUUGCUACUCUAGCAUCCUUACUGCCUCCAAACACACAGUCUUCUGCUUUAGAAAGUGCAAAGCCUGAAAUAGGCUCAUCCUCUGUCAGGCCUUCAAUUCCACCUCAAGUCGCAUCUGAUAAAGAGACCCCAUCUCAAGACUGGAGACAAGAUCAUCAAACUUCUGACCAUACUGGUCAUUCUUUGCAACAGUUGAGGAGUCAGUUUAAUCCUCAAAUGCAAAACCUAUCUCAGUAUCAGCCUUACCCACUCGUCUCAAGCACACCAGGCCAUAGUGCACCAUUGGUACUUGGUGGUGCCCAAAUUCAGGACUCUUCUUUCAGCCUGCCCCGACAAGGUGCUAUUUUGCCUCGGCCUUUGAAUCAAAAUGGACAGGUUGCUGCUUCUUCCCAAGCGAGACACCAGUAUCAACUUGAAAUUCCUGCCAGUGGUCAGAGAGGCUACGGGAUGGUUCAUGGAAUGGAGGCUUCUGGGUUAUACAGCUUGCCAAAUUUUCAGCAAACAAAUGCUCCUUUGUCCUCAUCUGGGCAGGCUCACGGUUCACUUCAUUCCCAACCGGUAACGUUACCAGCUGAAAAAGUGAGCUCAGAGCUUCCCAGCCAGGUGCAGCAGCUUCAAUCUGCACUCUUUGGCAAUUCCCAGGGCACGCCAGAUGUUGAGGUUGAUAAGAACCAGCGCUACCAGUCAACGCUACAGUUUGCUGCUAGCCUUCUUCAACAGAUACAGCAGCAGCAGCAGCAAACGACCACCCAGGCAGGACGAGGGUCUGGAAAUCAACAAUGAGGUAAUUCCUCCUUAUACGAGUAAUAUAAUUCAAUUCAUAAAUCUUUUAUGUUUUUGAGAAAUUCUAUCUGCUCUUGUUUAGAGGUUGUGGUUUGUUGGCCAAGUUAAGUUGUGUAUUUCCUUUCCUUUUUUUUUUUUUUUUUUUGGCAUAAGAUAAACGUUUGGGUCAGUUUUUAUUUUAAUUUUUUGCUUCAUAGUUUUAGGUCAGGUUUCAGACACCCCUUUGCUAGAAAAAUCAAAUCGAUAUGCUCUCCUCCCCCCCACCCCGAAUUUUCUAAAAUCAUUUUUUUAUUUUUAUUUUCAUUUUUAUUGUUAUAAAAAAGUAUUUGUUAUUACUUAUAUAAAAAAAGAAUUUGUUAUUGAAAAAAUUUUCUUUUUUCCAAAUUUCCUGCAUGUGGCAUACACGUUACAUGUUCAUGUUGAACACUUAUUGGUGUUGACAUAGUAUUUCUAGCGUUUUGCUGACGGGGAUUGAUUUCAGUGAUUUGAUCAAUAGCAAAAAUACAGAGAAAAAAUUCAAUUUUGGAGUUUAGGGACCAAUCUGCCGUUAAGCAAACCACAUGGACUAUUUCUUUUAUGCAGAUAGUACUUUUAUUUACUUAGUUUCUCUGGCCAGGCAUAGAGCUUAUAGUCUCUUUUUUUCUUUCUGUUAUAAAUUUUUAGUGGGGUUUUUGUUCUUAUGGUGUGUUCUUGUGGUCAAUGUGCAUUUUCUGUGUGUUUUACCCCUCAAAUGUGUGUUUAAGAUGACCACAGCAUUGCGUGGAGUGGUUAGUGUGCUAUACAGUAUUAUGCUACCUUGCUCUAGCGCUGUUGGGUGAUAUCUAUUAUUAAAAUUUUAAUUGCUUUUUUUAUUGCAUUUAGUUUCAAUAUUUAAGAUAUCAUUGCUGGGAAGAAUGUUAUAUAUUUCUCUGUUAUUUGGUAUAUUUUAUCAAUAUCGAGUUGCUGCAAUUGCAUUCACGUGCCUAGUAGCUUAUACCUGUAAUUUAUAGCUUUUGUGUGACAUAUGCAGCCGUUUUUUGUGAUGUGUCUGUGAUUACUUAGUACAUGAAUUUAUGGUGAGCAUUUAGAAAAAUUUGUCAAUUUGUAACUGUGAAAUGUAACUUCAGUGGAGUUCGUUGAACUUAAUUUUGAAGACUAUUUUAGGAUAUGCCUAGUAAAUUUAUAUUUUUGAAUACAAAGUAAUGGAUAUUCACCAGUA